CGCGGCGGUGGACAUGGCAGAGCGCCGGCACACACCUGCUACUGUCGAUGGUGCUGGGCUGCUCGGCUGCCUUCACGGACCUCCUGCUGCCGGGCCCCGAGGAGCCAGUGGUCAACGUGGCCGUGGUGUUUGGGGGCACGUCCUACCCCCUGCACAUCCGCUCCCGCCUGAGCCCCCAGAGCUUCCUGGACAUGCCCCUGGAAAUCCACCCCAUCACCGUCGUCGUCAACAACACCAACCCCAGCACCCUCCUCACCCAGAUCUGCGACAUCCUCGCCAGCCACAAGAUCCACGGCAUCGUCUUCGAGGACAACGUGGGCACGGAGGCCGUGGCCCAGAUCCUUGACUUCAUCUCCUCCCAGACCCAGGUCCCCAUCAUCAGCAUCAGCGGGGGGUCUGCAGUGGUCCUGACCCCAAAGGAGCCCGGAUCAGCUUUCCUGCAGUUGGGUGUCUCCAUCGAGCAGCAAAUCCAGGUGAUCUUCAAGGUGCUGGAGGAAUACGACUGGGGCUCCUUCGCUGUCAUCACCAGCCUCUACCCGGGCUACAACAUCUUCCUGGACGUCAUCCGCUCCUUCACGGAUGCCAGCUACUUUGGCUGGGAGCUGCAGGAGGUGCUCACCUUUGAGAUGAGCCAGGAGCAGAGCAGCUCCAGGACGCAGCGGCUCCUGCGGCAGAUCGAUGCCCAGGUCCUCAUCGUGUACUGCUCACGGGAAGAGGCCGAGUACCUCUUCUCCAUGGCAGAACAAGCCGGCCUUGUGGGGCCAGGAUACGUCUGGAUCGUGCCCAGCCUGACAGUGGGCAACAUGGAGGUGCCACCCGCCUCCUUCCCCGUCGGCCUCAUCAGCGUGGUGACGGAGAGCUGGAAGCUGAGCCUGCGGCAGAAGGUGCGGGACGGGGUGGCCAUCAUUGCCAUGGGGGCAGCCAGCUUCUUCCGUGCCCAUGGCUACCUCCCGGAGGUGGGGCGGGACUGCUGGACCCCCCCCAGGGCCACUGCCACCAACGCAAGCUUCUACCGGCACCUCCUCAAUGUGACGUGGGAGCACAGGGACUUCUCCUUCAAUGAAGGUGGCUACCUGGUCAGGCCCACCAUGGUGGUGAUCACACUCAACCAGCACCGGCUCUGGGAGAUGGUGGGCAAGUGGGAGAAAGGCAUCAUCCACAUGAAGUACCCGGUGUGGCCCCGCUACGGCUCCUACAUGCAGCCCGUGGUCGAUAACCGGCACCUGACAGUGGCCACGCUGGAGGAGAGACCCUUUGUCAUCGUGGAGAACACGGACCCCAGCACGGGGGUCUGCGUGCGCAACACGGUGCCCUGCCGCAAGCAGACCAACUCCUCCCACAGUGGCGAUGGCCUCGUGGAUCCCUACACCAAGCUGUGCUGCAAGGGCUUCUGCAUCGACAUCCUGAAGAAGCUGGCCAAGGCAGUGAAGUUCUCCUAUGACCUCUACUUAGUGACCAAUGGCAAACAUGGCAAGAUCGUCCGUGGGGUCUGGAAUGGCAUGAUUGGUGAGGUGUACUACAAGCGUGCAGACAUGGCCAUCGGCUCCCUCACCAUCAACGAGGAGCGCUCUGAGAUCGUGGACUUCUCCGUGCCCUUCGUGGAGACGGGAAUCAGCGUCAUGGUGGCCAGGAGCAAUGGGACUGUCUCCCCCUCCGCCUUCCUGGAGCCUUACAGCCCGGCCGUGUGGGUCAUGAUGUUUGUCAUGUGCCUCACUGUGGUGGCCAUCACCGUCUUCGUGUUCGAGUAUUUCAGCCCUGUUGGCUACAACCAGAACCUCACCAGUGGCAAGAGGCCAGGAGGUCCCACCUUUACCAUUGGCAAGUCGGUGUGGCUGCUGUGGGCUCUGGUCUUCAACAACUCGGUGCCCAUCGAGAACCCCAAGGGCACCACCAGCAAGAUCAUGGUGCUCAUCUGGGCCUUCUUUGCCGUCAUCUUCCUCGCCAGCUACACGGCCAACCUGGCUGCCUUCAUGAUCCAGGAGCAGUACAUCGACACCGUGUCGGGGCUGAGCGACAGGAAGUUCCAGAAGCCGCAGGAGCAGUACCCCCCAUUCCGCUUCGGCACCGUCCCCAACGGCAGCACCGAGAGGAACAUCCGCAGCAACUACCCCGACAUGCACACCCACAUGGUGAAGUACAACCAGCGCUCUGUGGAGGACGCCCUCACCAGCCUCAAAAUGGGGAAGCUGGAUGCCUUCAUCUACGACGCGGCGGUGCUGAACUACAUGGCAGGCAAGGACGAGGGCUGCAAGCUGGUGACCAUCGGCAGCGGGAAGGUGUUUGCCACCACGGGCUACGGCAUCGCCCUGCAGAAGGACUCGCGCUGGAAGCGGGCCAUUGACCUGGCCCUGCUCCAGUUCCUGGGAGACGGUGAGACCCAGAAGCUGGAGACAGUUUGGCUGUCGGGGAUCUGCCAGAAUGAGAAGAACGAGGUGAUGAGCAGCAAGCUGGACAUCGACAACAUGGCCGGGGUUUUCUACAUGCUGCUGGUGGCCAUGGGGCUGAGCCUGCUGGUCUUUGCCUGGGAGCACCUCGUCUACUGGAAGCUGCGUCACUCCGUCCCCAAGUCCCACAAGCUUGACUUCCUCCUGGCCAUCAGCAGGGGCAUCUACAGCUGCUUCAAUGGGGUGCAGACCAUGGGGAGCCCUGGGCGGGCACCCACACCCGACGUCACAGCCAGUUCAGCCCAGGCCAACGUGCUGAAGAUGCUGCAGGCGGCCAAGGAGAUGGUGACGACGGCCAGCGUGGGCGGCUCCCUGGAGCAGGCCACCCGCACCAUCGAGGACUGGAGCAACCACAGCGAGCGCCUCCAGACCACCUUCUCCCUGAGGACACCCCAGCUCGUGGUGCAGAACAGGACUCGAAACGCCAUGUUCAGGUCAUUAAAGAGACAUUUUCAGCUGGCUGGGGACCCUUCUUCCAUCCUCUGA